CGCCUGCCAUUUCUUUACCAAGUUUUCCUUCCAGUCGCCUGGUGGGACGGUUGGGGUCUCCGCACCUGAAGAAGCUUCUUCGAACCCACAAACCAACCAAACAGUCAAGCAACCAUGAGCAAGUCCUACUCCUCCUCAGCCCAGAGCGCCUCCUCCUACCGCCGAACCUUUGGUUCUGGUGUCGGUUCUACACCGAUGUCAUCUGUCUUCUCCUCCCUGGGAGGAGGCCGCAGUGCUUCUUCCAGCCAUAUGUCCUCCAGAGUCUACGAAGUCAAGAAUGCCUCUAUCCCCUCCUUCUCCAGCUACAGAGUUUCCUCUGGAGCCGGGGGAGCAGGAUACGGCUCCUCCAAAGCCAUGCGCACCUACAGUGGCGAGAAGCUCGACUUCAACCUUGCCGACGCCAUGAACCAAGACUUCCUCAACACAAGGACCAACGAGAAGGCCGAGCUUCAGCACCUCAAUGACCGCUUCGCCAGCUACAUCGAGAAGGUACGCUUCCUGGAGCAGCAGAACGCCGCCCUGACCGUGGAGAUCGAGAAGCUGAGGGUCCGUGAGGGGCCCGGGCGUGUGGCCGAGCUGUAUGAGGAGGAGAUGAGGGAGCUGAGGAGGCAGAUCGAGGCGCUCACCAACCAACGCGCAAGGGUGGAAGUGGAGAGGGACAACCUGGCCGAUGAUCUGCAGAAACUAAAGCUCAGGCUGCAAGAAGAGAUUCACCAGAAAGAAGAGGCUGAGAACAACCUGUCUGCUUUCAGAGCUGAUGUUGACAGUGCCACUCUGGCCAGGCUGGACCUGGAGAGACGCAUUGAGAGCUUGCAAGAGGAAAUUGCCUUCCUCAAGAAAAUCCAUGAAGAGGAGAUCAGAGAGCUGCAGAGCCAGAUGCAGGACACUCAGGUCCAGGUCCAGAUGGACAUGUCCAAGCCCGACCUGACUGCUGCCCUCAGGGACAUCCGCCUGCAGUACGAAACCAUUGCUGCAAACAACAUUGCAGAGGCUGAAGAAUGGUACAAGUCCAAGGUGUCCGAUCUGAACCAAGCUGUGAACAAGAACAAUGACGCUCUGCGCCAGGCCAAGCAGGAAUCCAUGGAGUACAGGCACCAGAUCCAGUCCUACACUUGUGAAAUCGACUCUCUCAAGGGCACCAAUGAGUCUCUGUUGCGCCAGAUGAGAGAAAUGGAGGAUCGUAUGGGCAAUGAAGCCUCUGGUUUCCAGAAUACCAUUUCCCGGCUCGAGGAAGAAAUUGCCAAGAUGAAGGAUGACAUGGCUCGUCACCUGAGGGAGUACCAGGAUCUCCUCAAUGUGAAGAUGGCCCUGGAUAUUGAAAUUGCCACCUACCGCAAGCUUUUGGAAGGAGAGGAGAGCAGGAUUACCACAAGCAUGCCAGUACAGUCUGCCUACUCUUCCAUUGGAUUCAGAGAGGGCGGUGAGUCCCAGCGCGGAUCGGAGGUUCACUCCAAGAAAACUGUCCUCAUCAAGACCAUUGAGACCCGCGAUGGAGAGGUCGUCAGCGAGUCAACACAGCAUCAACAGGACAUCAUGUAAAGGAGGCAGCAUGAUAUAAAUAACAAUAAAAAAAAUUAACAAGUAUCUAAAUUGUUUCCUACCAUGACUAUGAGAAAAUAUAAGCUGAGCCAACGUUUGGAGAUAGAAAUUAGAAUGCAAGUUUCAAGUCAUGAACGUAUUUGCAAUCUACCGUAUCAUGAGAUGGAUGCAGGCACGGUGCUUUUAGCCUGGGUUUAAAUGAAGGCCAUUCCAGGAUUUUAAACUUUUUAGAUUUACUUUCUAUUUCAAAAGAGCCUCAGAUGUUACUUUUUCUCAUUUUUGCAUUUCAGUUUUAAUAAACUGUUAUGGUUCACAUGCAUGAGAAAAGUUUCUGAGGUUCAAGACAGACCAGCGAGCUGGAAGCACUGUGGUCAAAAGUUAAACGGAAAGGAAUUUUUUUUUUCACGGUGUAUAUUCCAAGGUCUGUUGGUGCAGAAGUUCAAGCAUAUUAUAAAUGAGGAGCGAUUUUUUUGUUGCUGAUAUAAGGGAUGUGUCAGGUUGGAAAGCAGAAAAAUAACAACAACAUUGAACAAAGAGGGAACUCAGUCAUGUUUAAGGUUUGAGCUCAGUAGCAAGUUUUUUAGUGUUUGGGUAUGAGAGGAUAACAGUGGUAUGACAUUUCAUUUCAAAUAAACCUCGUUGAAGAUGUGCA